AGAGUGAUAAGCUAACUAAACAUUGCCCUUGCUGUAAAUGCUCCUAUGCAUGUUGUUAUUAACCUUUACUCAGUAAGACUCAUUGUUGGAUCUUGUUUUCUGUCAACCAGGGGAGAGGGUGCAAAAGGAGAGGCUGCCUUCAGGGAGAGCUUUGCCAGGCUGGGAGAACUCCAAUCCAUUGCCAAAGAAGGUACACCUGUGUUAGCGCUGACAGCAUCUGCUGAUACCAAGAACAGACGCCGGGUGACCAAGCUGCUGCAUAUGGAGAAUGCAACUGAAGUGACUGUGAGCUCAAACAGGACAAACAUCAGGCUUGGACUGACACAGGUUCCUUCCAAUGACUUCAGCUGCAUGGACUGGGUAGUGAAGGAGGUCAAAGAUAAGGCACUGUCAUUGUCCCCCAUCAUUAUUUAUUGCAAAUCACUGAAGUCAGUAGGGAAGGUGUUCAACUAUCUUAAAGCAGCACUUGGUGAAGAUGCUUGGAUUGACAGGGACCAGGAUCAUAAGGCUGAAAACCUUAUGAUAGGAAUGUUUGAUAGGAAUGUUUCAUAGUAAGACACUCACACAGCAUAAACACCGAGUGCUGGCAUCAUUUAAUGGAGAGGGGAGCUGCAGAGUUGUUGUAGCAACAACAGCUCUCGGGAUGGGCUUGAAUUUUCCGAAUGUUUCACAUGUUGUCAUGUAUGGGUCACCAGACGAUGUAGAGGAU